UUACAUUCAGUUGAAUCAGAUGCUAUCAAAAGGGCAGAACAAUGUGCGCCUUUAAUUCGGUCUAUAUGUGCAUCUUAUAUACGUAAUGGCCUGAGGACCGUCGACAAAUCAACUUACAAAGUGCAUCCUCUUUACGCCGAGCGCUUAAGAGCCAUUGCAGGAGAUAUUUCGGCGGAGGAUAUUCCAUUUGAAGAGCUUCAUGGAAAACUAGACGAGCUCAAGGAAAUAGUACCUGAAUUCGAACAUGAAAUUGGAAUGAUACGAAAUUUGGGCGAUAACUUCACAAAAACUCUGCCGGACCCAGGAAGUGCUGUCAAGCUUCUGUUCCGACCAGAAUGCUUACCAAGCUAUUUCAUGGAUUCAUUGACCACUAGACUUUUCUACAAGGCAGGCACCGAUGUUAUUGAAAGAGCUGUUAAAAAGGCACUGGAGAAGAAAGAAGUCGUGCGGGUUCUUGAGAUUGGAGGUCGUAUGGGAGGACUCGCUCAGUAUGUACUCGAGCCGUUAAAGAAGUAUGGAGAAGACAGACGACUUGAGUAUAUUUUUACAGACUUGAGUGUUACUUUCUUUAUGCACGCAGAAGGUACACUUGAAGAGUACCCAUUUGUCAAAUAUCAGCAACUUGACAUCGAAAAGGAUCUAGUUAGUCAGGGAUUCGUUCCAGGCACAGUUGAUUUUAUUGUCUGUAUGGACACCAUACAUUCUGUUGUUGAUGUCAAUAUC